UCUUCACUCUCAGAGCGCUGCGCCUUCAGACGCACGAAAACAAAGCGAGAACGCGACGCAUCUGCGGGAGUCAGCACAACGCGCAAACGAGGACUUAAACCGAGGAAUUGUUCGUUUGAUUCAACACUCUACAAUACACAGAGAAGCGAAGAUGUUUGCUUGGGCUGUUAUCGUCAUCCUUAUUGCACACUUUAAUGUGGUCUUCUCCAGCUGCCCAGCGACAUGCUCAUGCCCGCUAGAGCUUCCCAAAUGCGCGCCUGGAGUCAGUCUGGUCUCAGACGGCUGCGGCUGCUGCAAAGUGUGUGCCAGACAGCUGAACGAAGACUGCAGCAAGACAGAGCCGUGUGACCACACCAAAGGGCUGGAGUGCAACUUCGGGGCCAUCCAUGGGGCCACCAGAGGCAUCUGCCGAGCCAAAUCCGAGGGCAGACCAUGCGAGUACAACAGCAGGAUCUACCAGAACGGAGAGAGCUUUCAGCCCAACUGCAAGCACCAGUGCACUUGCAUCGACGGGGCAGUGGGCUGCAUUCCGCUUUGCCCGCAAGAGCUCUCCCUGCCCACGUUGGGCUGCGCCAACCCCAGGCUGGUCAAAGUGCCAGGCCAGUGCUGCGAGGAAUGGGUCUGCGAUGAUGGGAAGACUAAGGACUCCAUAGACAAGCUGUUUGGCAACCUUCUGAUGGUCGACGACACCGAGAGCGACCUCACUAAAACGAACGAGCUCAUCUCCAUCGUGAAGGCCGGACUCAAAUCCUUGCCUGCAUUCCGAUCGCAGCCAGAAUCCCGCCAGUUUGAGAAGUGCAUCGUGCAGACCACACCCUGGUCCCAAUGCUCCAAGACCUGUGGCACUGGAAUCUCCACCAGGAUAACCAACGACAACGGCGAAUGCAAGUUGGUUAAAGAGACCAGGAUCUGCGAAGUCCGUCCAUGCAGCCAAUCACCAUACACCAGCCUCAAGAAGGGAAAGAAAUGCAACCGGACCAAGAAGUCCAUGCAGCCGGUGAAGUUCACCUACGCCGGAUGCUCCAGCCUGAAGAAGUACCGCCCCAGGUACUGCGGCUCCUGCGUGGACGGCCGCUGCUGCAGCCCACAGCAGACCCGCACCAUCCGCGUCAAGUUCCGCUGCGAGGAUGGCGAGACCUUCAACAAGAACGUCAUGAUGAUCGAGUCCUGCAAGUGCACCCACAACUGCGCCCAUGGCAAUGACGCCACCUACCCCUUCUACAGACUCUUCAACGACAUCCACAAGUUCAGAGACUGAGCGCCAGCCAGGGAAUCCCGUCUCGACCCUUGCGUGACCGGGAGCGCGUCAUGAGCAACGACCAAUGGCAGCCCUAGCUACGCAAUCGGAGGACCCGUCCGCCGGCCAAUCAACUACCAUCUCCUGUUGUAACUAGAUUCCCACGGAAUUACGGACUUACAUUAUGGGGACUUUGAAGUGCACUGUUUGCUGAGGCCGCAUCAGCGUUUCGAAAAGGCUCGCUCCACAAUGGAGCGCUACGUUUUAUAGCUUCGUUAUGGAGCAACCUGUAAAGAUGCAGAUGUUAAUAUUACAAUUCCUGAUGUAUAUCUUGAUGUCUAAAUACAAAACAUGACCCAAACUGUAGACUUGUAUGCGUGUAUAUUCCCAAUUGUAGAUAUGCACAUGCAAAAUGUACAACUGGUAGACUAUGAACCUGGUCAAGGUUGAGUUUGUCCAUGUAACACUCCCUCCUAAUGUGGGUGAACGCAUCCUCAUUGUUUGGCAGCUAGAGAAAUCCAACUCCACAUUAUGAUUAACAACAGACUUUAAAGGUUGAAUGAAUGUUUUAUUAUUGUUAUUAAUAUUAUUUAUCGCAAAUGUAGCUCUUUUAUUUGAACGAUGUCAUACUGGAAUAAAGUGUAAAAAUUAUCUAUGAUCUAAUUUUAUAUGUUACAAAUAAAAGAUUUAUUUAUGAACUAA